UGGUGUACAUUUGAAAGAAGCGCUCGUUCGCUGAGCUCCACCGAACUCGCCUCCGAGACCGAAGGUUUUCCUCCGUCCGAACCGGCCGUUCCGACGUCGUCGCUUGAUUCUCCGACGGUGCCCAUAUUCACCGGCAGCAGCAGGUGAAAUCCCUGUCCCCAAUAGGUGCGAAUAUUUUCAGUUCUCUCUGGACGUAGGCUUCGGUGAAUUUUUUAGGAUUUGAAAAAUCUUGUUGCGACUGAAUUCUCCAGUGAAUCCACAUAUUGUUGGUCCCAAUGGCCGUUAACCAUCUGAACUCAGUCUUCUUAUUGGCACUCUUUGCAUUCCCUCUUCUUUUCUCGACCCUGACUGAGCCUCGAGAAGAAGACAUCGAUGCGCCGAUUUCGCGGUUCCAGCACUACCUCAGGAUCAACACAGCCCACCCUAACCCUGACUAUGCUGGAGCUGUCUCGUUUCUUAAGGACCAGGCUCAGGCCAUUUCCCUCCAAACUCGUAUCCUAGAGUUCGUCCCAAACAAGCCCGUUUUGCUUUUGACUUGGUUAGGCUCGGACCCUUCUCUUCCUUCCGUCCUUUUCAACUCCCACAUGGACUCUGUCCCCACCGAGCCAUCCAAGUGGAUUCAUCCUCCCUUUUCUGCCUUCAGAGAUUCCAAUGGAAAGAUCUUCGCUCGGGGGGCGCAAGAUGACAAGUGCAUCGCCAUUCAGUAUAUUGAGGCCAUUAGGAACCUUAAGGAGAAGAAUUUUGUACCGCUUCGUACAAUUCACGUCUCAUAUGUGCCGGAUGAGGAGAUCGGCGGACUCGAUGGGGCGGCUAAGUUCCUGGGAUCCAAAGAGUUUAAGGAACUGAAUGUGGGGUUCGUAUUGGAUGAGGGGCAGGCAUCUGUUACCGAUGAGUUUCGGGUUUUCUACGCUGACCGGUCACCUUGGGGGCUGGUGAUUAAGGCUAAGGGAGCCCCCGGACAUGGAUCGAUGAUGUAUGACAAUGGUGCUAUGGAGAAUUUGAUGAAGAGCGUGGAAGCCAUAAGCAAGUUCAGGGAGAGCCAAUUUGAUAAGGUCAAGGCCGGAAUCGCGGCGAACUCCGAAGUCAUUUCGGUUAAUCCCGUCUACAUGAAAGCUGGAGUUCCUUCGCCAACUGGCUUUGUCAUGAAUGUGCAGCCUUCGGAGGCUGAGGCAGGCUUUGACAUCCGUCUGCCUCCGACUGCAGACCCUGAUCUUAUGAAGAAAAGAAUUGCUGAAGAAUGGGCCCCGGCUAUCAGGAAUAUGACAUACCAGAUUAUUGAGAAAGGACCUAUUCGAGACUACAAGGGGCACCCAUUAAUGACUAGAACAGAUGAUUCCAACCUUUGGUGGUCUGCUUUUAAUCAUGCUGUUGCGGCAGCUGGAGGAAAGCUUGCAAAGCCUGAAAUCUUAUCUUCAACUACCGAUGCAAGAUUCAUUCGACAGCUGGGGAUUCCUGCUCUCGGGUUCUCUCCGAUGAUCAAUACUCCAAUACUGCUUCAUGAUCAUAAUGAGUUUUUGGAGGAUAAAGUCUUCUUGAGGGGGAUAAAGGUAUAUGAAUCCAUAAUUAGUUCUUUGAGUUCCUUUGUUGAAGAAUCACAGAGUAGCAUGAUUUAGCUAACAACUGAUUGAGUGGCAAAAUAAUGCUGCUUUGUAAUUGCAGUAUCUAUGAAACAAAUCUAGAUAAUUAGAUAGGGCUGCUGCUUCUUGUUGUUGUUCUCUAAAAAGCUCUCCUACACUUGUUGCUGGCAUUCGCCAAUUCAUGUUAAAGCAUAGUUCAAGUUGUGAGA